UGCGUGGCUAAAACAUGGCUGGCACUGUAGGAUGAUUGCAGACAGCUGUAAUUAAACUGCUAGGGAAAAAAGGAGAGAAAGCAGGGGUGAAAAAGAGCGGGGGAGUUAGAAGAUGCAACGCAGCGAAGAUGAGACUGAGGGGCAGCGAGUUUCUUCCGUCUAGACAGCCCACCCCAACAGGCUUACGAUGCCAGCGUUAACCACACACCCAGAGAGAGAAACAGACGACCUGCGGAGUACACUGUCUAGUCGAUCCGAGAGGUUGGUGAGAAGACGUUGGUUCCACUCCGGGUUCAGUGUGUUUGUGAGCCGCUGGAUCCGGUAAGUGAGACCGUUGCCGGGCCUACAGGGGGAUGAAACCGGAUGGGGUUGCCAUGGAGCCCACAGAAGCCGUAGGAGCUGAGCCCUCUGCCCAGGGGAUGGCCACCGACGAGAUGGCCCCCCAGCCAGCCCCUGCAACUUCCCCGUCCCCUCCAUCACAGCCCGAAGACAGCCGAAAACACCACAGCUCAGCCUGAAAACCCCACAGCAUCCGCUGCGUCCAAGGAGGUCAAUGGGGCCAAUGGCAAGGCAGCAACUGACCCCAAACCCAAGGCUAAGACCACCGUGGGCUUGGCUAAACCGUGGCAAAGCACAGCUGGUAUCAAGACCACAACAGGUCCGGCGUCAGGACCCAGCACCUCUCGUCCAGGCACGGCCCCAAGCCACAUGGCCAAUGGAUUAAAGCCCUCAGCCAGUGACCAGGCCAAGAAAGCAGCUCUGGACAAAAAGAAAACCACAGCUGGAGCACCGGCGUCAGCUGCAGCCACAAAGAGGUCUGUGGGGCCGUCCGCCGCUUCCACUGUCAGGACCCAAACGAAGGUGGCUGACAGGAAGGCUGUCGGAGCCCCCAGGUCCACCUCUGCAACCAGGCCAACCAACGCUACAUGGACUGCGGCGACGGGGCCUGGCACUCCAACGAGGAGACCUCCCCCAACUGGGCCCAUUAAUGGGGCCGGGGCCAGACCCAAAACCACAGCUCCCAGACUUGCUGCCCCCAAGCCUUCCAGCACUUCAGCCGCGGCCAAACCCGAUAGGACGGCGGUUUCCAAGACAACCAGGCCUGCCACUGGUCACACUGGCCUGUUAAUUGGCACAUCCAAGCCAGCCGCUGCCGGCUCCAGCAGACCUGCAGCUUCCAGAGUCGGCACCACAGCCCCCUCUACUGGCAGGACUACCACAGCGCAGGCACCCAAACCUACAGGCCCUGCCAAGAAAGAUGUCAGCAGACCAGCAACCACUGCCGCAGCCAGAAAGCCGGCAACAUCCGCCACUACCAAAAGGACCAAACCUGACCCCCCUAAAGCGGCUGCAGCCUCCAGACCCGAGGCCACCUCCAAAAGGCCCCUUCCCACCAAGGUGGCAGACACCAAGCCAGCCCGCCUUCUAAACCACAGGACCCCAAGCCCCUGCCCACACGUAAAGCACCUCCCACCACGCGGCCCACUGCCACCCGACAGCCCCAGGGCAAGACCCCCCCUGUCUCCCCCAGCAACAAGCCCGUGGGCAGCACCACCCCCCAGUCGGUCAAACGAGGCUCCAAACCCACCCAGUCUGUCCUGCCUUUCAUUGCCAGACCUGGAGCUCCCAAGUCUGCAGCAGCUGCAGCAGUGGCUGCUACAGCAGCAGCUGCCACGGCAACAGUCGCCGUGA